AAGAGUCCCUGAGUGGAACUCCCACAGGGUUGCCAAAAGAAAAUGUGGGUACUCCUGUGUCUGCCAAUGUUCAGGAGAAGGAGACUAAGGCCCUCUCUCUGACUAGGGCCCCUGAAGAAGUGCUUGAGGCUUGAGAUGAAUUGGAGAGGCUGAACAAGCAACUUAGAGCAGAGAUGGAGGAUCUCAUGAGCUCAAAGGAUGACGUUGAGAAGAACGUCCAUGAGUUGGAGAAGUCUAAGCGUACUCUCGAGCAGCCGGUGGAAGAAAUGAGGACUCUGCUUGAAGAGAUAGAGGCAAGAGCUUCUCGAGAUGACAUAUUUGCUCAAUCAAAGGAAAAUGAGAAACCUGAAGGGGAGAAUCCUCUGAAAGAUGCCAAGAAGUACAAGCCAGAACCUGUUAUAAAUGGUUCUGGAGAUGGUGGCGCUGCGGUAACGGCAGAGGCAAAGAAGAUGGAAGAUGUCUCUUCUGAACAAGUUGAUGGGGCUGAUUUGGAUGCAGAAGCCAAAGGAUUCAUGGCAGUGAGUAGCCAGGACCUGGCCGUGAAAAAAAUGUGCUCCGUCGUCAACGCUUUCCAGGAAGCCGGCAGCCUUCUGGGGAAGAAAUACGAGGAGACAGACGACCAUCAUGCAGAUUCUGUCUACUACGGUGGGAGGGCUCUCCUGGAGCUUGCACGAAUGGAGAACAAGGCCCUGGCUGACAAUCAGGAGGGAAUGCCAGAAGAAGAGUCUGUUAAAGACCCCAGUGCCUCCAACCUCGAUGAGAAAGAGGAGGAGGAGUUAAGAGUGCCAGUAUAUGAUGCCAUGUCUGAGAAGGAUGAGAAGGCUAGCAAAGAGAUUGGAGACUCCAAAGAGACAAAGGCUGAAGAAGUUAAGGCCGAUGAGUUGGAGUGGGAGGAGAGCCUGCCGAAGUGGAAAAAGCCACUGAAGAAGCAGAGGUCUCUGAAACUGCUGCCAAAUCUGAGGAAACCACUGCUGAAGAGAGCGAAGAGAGUUGAGAUGGAACUCAUGAUCGUUCCAGAACGAGCAAAUCUAGAAGCAGAAAUGCUGAAAAAACUGUAAAAAAAGAAGUGGCGACAAAAUGGAGGUCCCUGGAAAGGAAACGGCGAGUUGCCAAGGAAGAAGUGAACCAGAUGCGCUUCAAAGGAGCGAGCGGCGACAAGCAUGCUCUGCUGAAAGAGCUCUGCAAAGCAAGAGAGAUAGGGUCUGGACACAACCAUGACUGGGAACAACUGUGUGAACAGUUCAGUCAAGAGCUGCAGCAGUCCAAGAAAGGACCUGAGCAUGUGCGAGAGCCAGAAAAGUUAAAGAGAAAGCCUGUCGGUUGGAAAAAAAUAUCUCCUGGAAAAGGAUCCAGAGGCCAAGAUCGAAACGCUGAGAGUAAAAUAAAAAGAUGCUAUCUUUUGAUGAAAUAAAGAAACAAAAAGAGCGAGAUCAGAGAGUGCGAGAGCAUAUUAUCGUAGUUCGUGAAAGAAUAAAAACAGUGUAUCUGGCCAUUGGAGGGGCACUAGAGUCCGUUAGAUAUUAUCUACUGGGUAGAAAAUCUGUGUUUGUAACAAACCGAGCUCUGCUGGCCUGGGUAUGGCAAAAUAAAGGAAAAAAGGUGACAUUGGCCACAUCUUCCAGAGUGCAUAGUACAAUGUGGAAAAAUGCCCAGACCUCCG